GGCCAGCAAGCGCAGUACACUGGUCGGCUUCAUAAACAAUAAACCUGUUCAAUGAUACUGACCCGAUUUCCUUUGAGCUAGGGGCAUUUCGCCAGAAUGGCCAGCGCCGGUGCCACCGCCCCGACAAACGUUCAGAACUCACAAAAGACGCCUGUCACCAUCAUCACUGGCUUUCUAGGGGCUGGCAAGACUACCCUUCUAAAUUACAUUCUCAAGGAGAAGGGAAGCCGGAGCAUUGCUGUGAUUGAGAAUGAAUUCGGCGAGGUGAACAUCGACCGCGAGCUGGUGGCCGCCAACCUGCUAGCAAAGGAGGACCUCGUUUCGCUGGAGAAUGGCUGCGUGUGCUGCUCGUUGCGGAAGGAUAUCGUCAAGGCGUUCGCCGAGAUUGAGCGCAGGAGCAGGCAGGCGGGAGGCAAAAAGGUUGAUGCGAUCGUGCUGGAGACUACCGGCCUCGCGGACCCAGCGCCUGUGGCGUUCACCUUCUUCGCCAACCCGUGGAUUGCCUCGCGUUUCCGGCUCGACAGUAUCAUUUGCGUCGUGGACGCGCGCUACUUGAUGCAGCAUUUGGAGGACGGCAAGCACUCGGAUGGCACCGUGAACGAGGCGGUGCAGCAAAUAGCCUUCGCGGACCUCAUCCUGCUUAAUAAAAUUGACUUGGUGAACUCUGAGGAGCAGAAAAAGCAGGUGCUGGGCGCCAUUCGCGCUGUUAACAACUCAGCGCGCAUCGUGGAAUGCCAGCUCAACCAGGAGACGGGGCGCCCACACAUGGACAUGCUCCUCUUCAACAACCUGUUUUCCGUGAACCGCGUGCUGGAGCAAAUCGACCCGCAGUUUUUGGAUUCCGACUCGGACGACGACGCGGAGGAUGAGGAGGAGGCGCCGUCGCCGCAGUCAGGCACGCAGGCGCAGCAGGACCAGGCGUCACGUGCAGCCAAGGGGCAAGCGGCGGAGCCGGGCGCAGCGGCGGGCGCGGACGCAGGGGCAGGGCCUGGGUCAAAAGCAACGGCGGAGGCCAGCGCCGGCUCCAAAGCCGGCGCAGGCUGCUGCGGGUCAGGCGAGGGGAAGGGGAAGGCGGCCGUGGAGGACGAGGCGGCAGCUCGAACGGCAGGCGAGGCUGGGCCCAGCGGCAGCAGCGCAGCUGACGCGAAAGCGAAGCUGCUGCAGAAGUACGCGGAUAAGGGGUCAGUGGCGGGGCACAAGCACACGCGGGAUGACAACUGCGAGGACAACUGCGAGGAGUGCCACAUCGUGGACGGCAUGCCUAUCAAGGGCGAGCGCAACCCGAAGCGGCGAGCCAAGCGGCUGCACGACCUGUCGGACGUGAGCAGCGUGGGCAUCAUGGCGCGCGGGCCGCUGGACGAGUACCGGUUCAACAUGUACAUGCGGGACUUGCUCGCUGAGAAGGCGAAGGACAUCUUCCGCUGCAAGGGCGUUCUGUCCGUGCACGGCUACGGCAGCACGAAAUUCGUGUUCCAGGGCGUGCAUGAGACCAUCUGCUACGGCCCGGCAGAACAGCCCUGGAAGCCGGAGGAGCAGCGUGUGAACCAGGUGGUCUUCAUCGGGCGCGGCCUCAACCGCAAGGCGCUCAUCGAGGGCUUCCGCACGUGCGUGUGGGUGCCGCUUCCGGACGGCUGGGACGAGUUCCGUGACACAACCACCAAACAGCCGUUCUACGUGAACCGCAACACGGGCGAGAAGUCAUGGACGCGGCCGGAGAUCGCCUGCGCGCGGGUCGUGGCAACGCAGGGCAAGACGCAGCAGCCCUCGCAGCUACUGCCCCGCCGCACGGCGUCCACCGUGGGCCAACUGGCGUUGCAGCAGGCGGCGGCGGCGGCGGCCUCGGGCGCGGUGGCACCAGCGACGGCGUCGGCCAAAGCAGGGGGCGCAGCCUCAGCAGCAACGGAGGUAGCGUCCUAGUCCAUCGACUGGAGCCGGUAUCGCGACACCCUCACUGAUCCGCUUGGCGACUACAAAGGGGGGCUCGAGGCGCGACGUUAGGAAAGGCGUGAUUGUGUGGGUGUUAACAUUGUUCAUGUCUGCAGCAUUGGCAAGUGUUGACUGUCGGAACACUUAGUUCUUGCGUACAACGCCAGUUGACGCAAUUGGUUGAAGCUUGGUGCGGCUGCUUGUUCAGCGCCAGUUGGGUGGGUAUUGGUGACGCCAGGUUAAGUGUGUGCGUGUGUGUGUGUGUGUGUGUGUGUGUGUGUGUGUGUGUGUGUGUGUGUGUGUGUGUGUGUAUGUGUGUCGGCGCUGUGCACGAGUAUCAGGAAACUGCAGGGACAUAAAUCAACUGACAGUUGGAUGCCGGAUUCAGGAUGCAUCGUGGCAUCACGUAAAUGAGUAGACCCUGGACUCUCCUAAUUAACAUAAUCUUGGUGGUUUUGCUCGAGGCGCAUACUUCGCUUCUUCACCCCAAAGUCCAGUUGAAGUGGCACGCUGGGCUAAUACCACAGCAUCCAGACGCCUCUCCACAUCAAUAUUGCAUGGUGGUGUAUGGUGGCCGGUUGGUGCACUGUCUGUGUAGGUGCACUGUGGGGUUUGUUACUCUUGACGUAAAACUGCUGGAUGAGAAGACCUGGACUCUGGAGACAAAGUACUGUGUGCGGGUGGGCUGUCGUGGCACAGCAGGGGGACUGAGUUGCUGAGCCUGGAUCAAAGGACCCGGUGCACGCAAACUAACAGACGGGCAUGAGGGACACGAACUGUGGGGGGAUGCAAACUGUAACAAGUUGCUUUU